AUGUAUUUUCUCUGCACCACUGCUCUUACACGUUUAACAAUUUGUUUUUUUUUUUGUUUUUCCAUUUUAGUGCCACCGGAUAUUUUAGAUUAUCCAACCAGUACGGAUAUGGUCGUACGUGAAGGUUCUAAUGUGACACUCAAAUGUGCAGCGACGGGAUCACCAACACCCACCAUCACAUGGCGGCGUGAGGGUGGAGAACCAAUACCCAUCCCCAAUGGCACUGAAGCAAUCAGCUUCAAUGGAUCAUUUCUUACAAUUGCCAAAGUGAAGCGUUUAAAUAUGGGUGCAUAUCUGUGUAUUGCCUCAAAUGGCAUACCACCAUCAGUAAGCAAAAGAGUUAUGCUGAUUAUACACUUUCCGCCAAUGAUUUGGAUACAAAACCAAUUAGUGGGUGCAGCAAUUGGACAGAAUAUAACACUGGAAUGCCAAUCGGAAGCAUUCCCGAAAUCAAUAAACUAUUGGAUGAAAAAUGACACAAUUAUAGUACCGG